GCAACCCAUCACUCUUAGUACAUUUAAUUGAACAUUGCAUGCACCAUGGCAUCUCACCCUGCAGUCAUUGCGACUAAUAUCAAAGAACCGCUAACCAUUCAGCAAGUCCCGACGCCCGAGCUUCAACACUAUGAGAUUCGUGUCCGCAUUGAAUGGGUCGUAUCUGCGCCCCUGGAUGUCUACCAAGUCGACGCAGGGUUGAUGGCACAGUUCCCUCAAAGUCUGGGUGACAGUGGUGUCGGCACUGUAGUGGCAGCUGGACCAGGGGUCAAACGCCUACAGGUUGGUGAUCGGGUCCUCGGUUUUUUCUUCCACAAUGAGAAGGAGAAGGGGCAGCAGGUGUAUGUUACUGCCCCAGAGCAUCUAUUCGGAAAGGUUCCCUCUGGCAUAUCUAUGCUCGCGGCCGCUACUGUGCCAACCAAUGUUUCCACUGCGUAUUUAGCCUUGACAGAAAAGCUGAAACUCGAGCUUCCCUGGCCGCGUCCCUCGGGAUUCUCACCCAGGGGUCCAGAUGGUCCGAUUGUCAUCUGGGGAGGAGGCAGCUCGGUCGGCCAGUACGCCAUCCAGCUCCUCCACCACUGGGGUUAUAAGAAUGUCAUCGCUACCGCAUCGCCACAGCACCACGAAAAGCUCAAGGUUUAUGGUGCCCAGCACGUCGUCGACUACCGCGAGCCUAAUGUCGUCGACUCUAUUCUGGAAAUCGUGAACAAGAGCAAGCUCUCAGCACCCGUACGCGCUGUCGAUUGCGUGAGCUCCAAGUCUGGGUCACUGCAGCAUCUUGCGAAGGUCGCCUCCCUUCCUGGCUCCAUUGUCGCAGCUGUUCUUCCUGUCGUGCUUCGGUCGCCUUCAGACCCAGCCGGCGUGCAGCUUUCCGCUCAUGUCGAGGGAGAGGUAUCCUGGGCGCCUGGCGUUGAAGUCCAUAGUAUUGUUAGCUAUACAUUCGAGACGAAUCCAUUCCUGAAGGACCACCUCCUGCCCGAUAUUAUACCCUCUCUUCUCGCGUCGGGUAGCCUCGAGCCCAACAAGUAUCGAGAGAUCGAGGGCGCUUCGCUUCUGCAGAGGGCUAGCACCGCGUUGGAUGUGAUGAGAACUGGCGCCGUCAGCGGGGAAAGACUUGUGUGGAAGGUGUGGACAGCGGAGGAAUAUCCGGAGUACUCGUGA